AUGCUGGGGACCGGAGGUCCAUCACCUUCCCUCUGCCUUCUUUUCCCACUGCUGGCUUUGUACAGUGCUGAAAGAAGCCACCCUCCUCAACGCAGGUUUGAGUACAAGCUCAGCUUCAAGGGACCAAGGCUGGCAGUUCCGGGGACUGGAAUACCCUUCUGGAGCCACCACGGAGAUGCCAUCCCAGGCCUAGAGGAAGUGCGGCUGGCUCCGUCUAUGAAGAACCGUAGUGGUGCUGUGUGGAGCAAGAUCUCUGUCUCCUUCCCUGACUGGGAAGUGGAGAUGCAGAUAAGGGUGACUGGACCGGGGCUCCGGGGAGCUCUGGGUAUGGCCUUGUGGUACAUCUGGGACAAGGGUCAAGUCAGCUCUGUCCCAGAGGGGUUGGUCUCAUGGGAUGGCAUCAAAAUCUUCUUUGAUUCCUCCACCAACAAUAUCCAGAACAGCCCUGCCAUUCGAGUGCUGGCCAGUGAUGGGCAUGGCCUCCAGGAGCAGUUUGGGGAUGGAACUGUCCGCGAGCUGGGCUCCUGUCAGCGGAACUUCAGGAACUGGCCAUAUCCCUUCCGAGCUCGGAUCACCUACUGGAGGCAGAGGCUGCAAGUGUCCUUGAGUGGAGGCCUUACUCCCAACAACCCUGAAGAGCUCUGUGUCAAUGUGGAGUCCCUGCUCUUGGGCCCUGGAGGCUUCUUUGGGGUCUCGGCAGCCACCAGCACCUUAGCAGAUGACCAUGAUGUCCUGUCCUUCCUGACCUUCAGUUUGAGGGAACCAGGUCCAGAGGUGGCCCCCCAGACAUUCAUGGUGAAGGAGCAGUUCCGCCUGGCUAGGAAAUUGGAAGGGCUGCAGGCAAGGCUGGCCCUGGGCACCAGCAAGGACAGCAUUCGACCACUGGACUCUGAAGUCCAGGAAGAAGGGGAAAGAUUCUUUGAUCUGGAGGAUAUACUGGGCAGACAAAGCCAGAUCCUGCAGGCCCUCCAGGCUCUCUCCAGGCAGUUGGACCAGGCUGAGAGGAAGUGGAAACAGCAUCUGGGGUCUACAGUCCAAAUCAGGCCUGAGGGAGGCUGGAACACUGCCAAGGUCAGCACCCUGCUCUAUGGACAGCAGACUCUGCUCCAGGCCCUGCAGGAGAUGAGGAAAGCAGCUGCCCGAAUGGCUUCAGGAGCCCAGGUCUUCUAUCUGCCUGUGGGUACUAAGCAUCACUUUUUUGAGCUGGACCAGAUCCUCAGCCUCCUGCAGAAGGACCUCCGGAAUCUGGUGAGAAGGACAGCCAAGGCUCCCCGCCCAUCUGGCUGGCUCUCAGGAACUUCUGCAUGUCUUGGGACCAGCAUCUUCCUGUUCUUCCUUCUCAUCCAGACCGUAGGCUUCUUCUGCUACAUGAACUUCAGGCAGGAGCUGGACAAGAGGCUCCAGGAGUACCUGUCCACAGGAAGCCUUCCUCUAGAGCCUGUGUUGCCCAUCCCUAGGACCCUGGGGGCUCUGAGGAGACAGCCUGUCCCCUCCAGUAUGCAUGCUUGA